CUAACAAUAACAACAACAACAGAAAACUUGGCACAUUUUAAAGAAUCAAUUUCUUAUCAAAACAUGGAAGAAGACAGGCAUGGCGAUGAACAUUCAGGCAUGGAUGAGUUAGAUUAUUCACAAGAAGAUAUUGAGUUUGCACUGUAUUCACAGAUACAUUUUGAAAGCAACCCAGACGCUUCAAAUAUUUCUUCAUAUGCAGAAGUGGAAAAUAAGGAUUUUAUAGUUAACAGUUUCACCUAUGAUGUAAUUGGUGAAAAAUCAUCAGGGUUUGUUUCUUUACCUACAACUGUAGACACUAUUUUGCAAAAAUGCGUAAGGGAAAAAUAUGAUACUGGAGCUGUCAGUGAUGAUGCAAUAGAAUUAUGUUUUGUCAACAGAAAAAAUAAAGUAAAUUCAAAUGCUAUCAAAAAAAGAAACAAUGAAGACAAAGCCAAUAAAGAUCGAGAAAACAUGACAUGUAAAGGAUCCAAGUGUGUUGAAAUUUUAUCAAAAACAAAAUCAGACAACUUUGCAGAAGAAUCAAAGCUUGGACACAGAAAACACAAAAAGAAAGUUGGUUCAGCAUAUGGUGCAAAAACUAGAACUGAUUUUGACAAAAGCAAUCAUGCGCACGUUAUUUUUGUGUCAUCAUCAGAGAGUACCAGUAGUGACAGUGAUGAUAUUUAUGGCAUUCUUGGGGAACUGUCAGAGAAUGAUUCAAACUUGGAGAUGAAUGUUGAGCAGACUGAUUUGUUUGCUGAAACAAGGAAUGAAGAUAAAUGGGCCAUUAGUACAGCUGACAGUCACAGUGCCCAGCUAAAAGGUGGUGUAAAAGGUCGCUACUUCAAGGAGGGUCUGCGCUGUAACAACUGCAACCAAGUGGGACAUCUGUCUAAAAACUGCCCUCAACCAAAGAAGAUGCCAGUGUGUUCACUGUGCUCAGAUUCGGAGCACACAAGUCGCACAUGUCCGAACAUUUUCUGUUACAACUGUGAGGAGCCUGGUCAUGACUUACGUGGUUGCAAGGCACCCAGACGUCUCAACAUGGUGUGCUUCCGCUGCAAUAUGAAUGGGCAUGACCAGAAGAAAUGUCCUGAUGUAUGGAGGCAGUUUCAUUUAACAACGGAGUCAGGGAAACUGCAACAACCAAAUUCAAGAAGGAAGAGGAGGAUAGCUUUAUCGUGCUACAACUGUGGGGAAACUAAACAUUUGGGUCAUGAGUGUAGGGAGGAGAGAAGCAACAAGUUCAUGCGAGUCAGCACGCCCUUUGUGUGUCGCUACCAGAUGGACCAGGGAUUUGAUGAUAUGAGUGGGAGGAAUGAGGGCUGGGAAGAAAUGGGGUCAAAGCGGAGACGGCAGUAUGAUGCUCCACAACACAAACGAUUUAGUAGUCCAAACAGGGACGAGUUCAAUACAGACAUGGAGAAGGAUAGUGGUAAUAGCAAUUUAAGAUUAUAUGAAUUAAGAAAAUUACGAAGUCUGGAUGGAGAUACAGAUCUGCCAAGGCCUCCGAACAAUAAAGAGAAAUUUGAUAAUAGAAGCGAAUACCUGGAUAGAAGUGUUCCUUCUAAUGAGAGCACCAGUUGUAUAGACAUUUAUCCUAUUGAAAUGGAUUCAGGACACAUUGGACCCGAGUCGAAAAGAUUAAAGACGGGUUAUUGUGGGGACAAGUUGGAAAAGUUGAAAACUGCUCUUCAGUCAACAAUGCAAAGGGUGCCUGAUUUUGUUCCCUUAAGGAAAGAGGAAAUGUUGCCAGAGUUUAUUUCAUACAAGAAAGAGAAAAGGUUGCCGGAAUUUCUUACGUCCAAGACAGAUAAAAGGUUGCCGGAAUUUAUUUCAUCUAAGAAACAGAAGUUGCCUGAGUUUAUUUCUUUCAAGAAAGGUCGAUCAAGCAAUCCUGAUGGUGGGAACAACUUUGAUAAUCUGAGAAUAACGGUGAAAAGCGAUAUCAAUGAAAUGGACAUGAAGAUGGAAAAGAAGAAAAAGCAAAAGACAGAUGACAAUGAAAAAGACGUGAAGAUUAAAAAUAAGAAAAAGCAAAAGACAAAUGUCUGUGCAGAAAAUUUAAAAGAUAAAGAAUCCAAAAAGGUUGGAAUGGGUGAUGGGGAAAAUAUCAGUGAAACAGUGGUCAGGACAAAAAGUGUUAAAAGUAAAAACAAAAGACAUACAUCAAAUCAGGAUUUAUUGAACACUUUGGGAAAAUAUUAUGAUGAAGGUAUUCGAAACAAGCAUAAAAAGUUAAACAAAAAUGUGCCUAAAAGCAGUACUUUCACUGAGGUGGAUUUUCCAAGGUCUGCAGUUGACCUGUCAGUGACCUUUGAGAGUGGCGAUAUUGGCCUAAGCAGGUCAGAUGUCAGGAAUAGAAAUGUCAAGGUGAAUACUAAUGACAGUAGUAACCCAGAUGAUUUAUUUUCUAUUCAGAAACUGCAUAAAAUAAAGUCAAAGUUAUCGCAGGGGGAGAAUGUGAGUGAAGUACAGGAAGAUGGGGACGUCAAUCAUCAGGCCUUUAACAAUGAAUGGUGGAACGAGAAAAAGAGACCAAAAACGAGAAUAAGAAAUAAAAGAAAAAAAGAAAAGGCAAAGAAGAGAAAGGGAACGUCCAAAUCUUCUGUUACAAAUGUUACUGUUGAUAUUAAUUGAUUUAUUAAGACAAAGUUAUUUAAAUAUAAGUAACCCUUGAUUAAUUUAUGCAUUAUGAAAAGUUAAAAAAGUUUUUGGUAACUGUUUUUAAUUUAGGUCUUAAGACUAGGCUAUUUAGUUAUUUUUGUUUUUGGUGACUAAUGUCACUGCCCCAUAUGAAAAGUCUUAACCAGUCAGGUAAAAUAAAUGAUUGAAUACAUGAA